UUCUCCAAACGGGUUUUUCUGUCCAUUCUCCAAUCUGCUAAAACCACGAAAAUGGAAAAUCUGAGCGGAAACCCGGUUGAAUCCCAUAAAAGUGACGUACUUCCUGCUUCCGCUUCCGCAUAUCUUGACCCUCACUACUGGGACGAUAGAUUCUCUCAUGAGGAACAUUACGAAUGGUUCAAAGAUUACUCUCACUUUCGUCAUCUCAUCCUUGACCACAUUAACCCAGCUUCUUCUGUAUUGGAGCUGGGGUGUGGAAACUCUCAGCUGUGUGAAGGGUUGUAUGGAGAUGGGAUUACUGAGCUCACCUGCAUUGAUUUGUCACCUGUGGCUGUGGAGAAGAUGAAGCAGAGAUUAAUAUCCAAGGGCUACAAGGAUAUUCAGGUGUUGGAAGCUGACAUGCUGGAUCUUCCAUUUGCCAAUGGGUCUUUUGAUGUUGUUAUAGAGAAGGGAACCAUGGAUGUAUUGUUCGUGGACAGUGGUGACCCAUGGAACCCACGGGUUGAAACAGUUGACAGGGUUAUGUCAAUGCUUCGACAAAUUCAUAGGGUCUUGAAAACUCAUGGCACUUUCAUUUCAAUCACCUUUGGCCAGCCACAUUUUCGUCGUCCUUUCUUUAGUAAUUCAGAAUUUACUUGGUCUACGGAGUGGAGAACAUUUGGUGAUGGAUUUCACUAUUUCUUCUACAUCUUGAAAAAGGGGCACAGGAUGUCAGAGAGUGCUGAAUGUACUGAGAGGAUCGACAUGCCAUCUAUAUCUCCUUACCACGAUGAAUUAGAUUCUGAAGACUACAUUUUCCGGACUAACAUUGAUGAUGCCUAAAGUCUGGGGUGAGUUGAAGCGUUUCUUAUGCUUUCAUUUUCCAGACUAACAUUGAUGAUGCCUAAAGUUUUGGGGUGAGUUGAAGCGUUUCUGAUGCUUCUUAAGUUGUUCUGACAACCUUCUUUGCUUCUGCAUAUAAUUGGAGAACAAAGAGAAGAAUGUGACAAGCUUUUGGUGAUGAUAGCAACAGAAUUCAACACUAAUUUGUGCAAGAAGUGCCUUUGUAUCAUGUCGGCAGUGUUUUAGGCUACCUCUUUAUUGUAGUUCCCCCUCGUCUCACAAAAUUUUAGCUGCAAAAGGGAAGACGCACAAGUAAUCUGGCCGUGCAGGGUGUUGCUUGUUUCCAAUGUCUCUAAGCAUACAUGAUUAGUGACUCAGUCAAUUAGGUAUAAACCACGAGAACGGUCAUGCCUUUUACUCAAAGCUGUUGGAUGGAGUCAUUCUUAUUGCCGAAGCUAUCAUCCUGUUUUCCCACUUUUUGAUGGCCAAAGCUAUCAUGAUCUUUUAGAGACUUUUUCUUUAAGCUCCUUUUUUCCUCCCUCUUUUUUAGCUUUCUUUAUAAGUGGCUAGCAUAGCCUAGGGAGAUAGGGUUGAUUCCUACAAUGAGAAGGAAAAUGGCUUCUGGUCAGCUGUCUAAUAAUGUAGUGGCUUCUAAUUCUGCUUCUUGCAUGAGUAUUGCCAAUUACGUCCUAGAUAGGUGUUGGUGGUAUGGAAAAUCUUAGAGGAUGUAUCCGAGCGGGCAGGAAUCCUUAAAAGGGCCCAAUUUCACGAAUUGGUGUAAUGGCUUCUUGGUAAACAUGAUUGUUGGAGCGUCCGGCUUUUCUUUAAAAAUGUACCAGAUUUAGGAACUUGUUUGGGGAUCAGCACUGGUAUUGUGGGGUGUCCUACAUUUAAUAGACCAUUGCUACCUCUGUUUGGUGAACUUUAUGUCAUUUAGCUGAUGUAGCAAACUUGAUAUGUAAUGAAAAAGCAACUAGUUACGCCUUUAAGGGCAAAGCAAUAA